GGGUGAAAGGUCAACGCGCCGGCGGCACUCCCAACAUGGCUGCCGCCCGGGCUGUGGCGCGCGGUCCCGGAGCUGAUGCGCGGCGGCCACCCUCUCUUCGAGCCGCGCGGCUGCCGCGACUGCUCUUGCUGCUGGCGGUGGCGGCGGCAGUGGGGCCCCGGGAGGGCGGCGGGGCGCGGCUUUACCGCGAGGGCGAGGACGCUGUGUGGUUGCUGGACAGCGGCAGCGUGCGGUCGGCCACGGGCAACAGCUCAGCCGCGUGGCUGGUGCAGUUCCAUUCGUCGUGGUGCGGCCACUGCAUCGGCUACGCACCCACCUGGCGAGCGCUGGCGGCGGACGUGCGAGACUGGGCUGCUGCCAUCCGUGUCGCUGCUCUGGACUGUGCAGAAGAAAAGAACCAGGAUGUGUGCCGCACAUAUGACAUCCACUUCUACCCCACCUUCAGGUAUUUUAAAGCGUUUACAAAGGAGUUUACAACUGGAGAGAACUUUAAAGGACCUGACAGGGAACUGCGGACAGUCAGGCAGACAAUGAUCGACUUCCUGCAGAACCACACUGAGGGCACCCGGCCUCCUGCAUGCCCACCCCUGGACCCUAUUCAGUCCAGUGACAUCCUUUCCUUCCUGGACAGCCACAGUGGCCAAUACCAUGCCAUUGUGUUUGAAAGCAAUGGCUCUUAUGUUGGACGAGAGGUGAUCUUGGAUUUGAUUCCAUAUGACAACAUCAUGGUGAGCAGAGUACUGGAUACGGACAAAGCAUUUCUGGGGACACUUGGCAUCUCUUCAGUUCCUUCCUGUUACUUGAUUUACCCAAAUGGGUCUCACGGACUAGUUAAUGUUGCGAAGCCGCUACGCUCGUUUUUCUCCUCUUACUUAAAAUCCCUGCCAGAUGUGAGGAAAAAGUUACGUUCCUUUCCUGAAAAGUCCAACAAAGAAGAAAAGUCAGAGGUUGUGGUUUGGAAAGAAUUUAACAGGGCCAAGCUGUACACUGCAGACCUGGAGUCAGGACUUCACUACCUGCUGAGAGUGGAGCUGGCUGCCCACAAGUCCCUGGCCGGAGCCCAGUUAAAGACAUUCAGGGACUUCGUGACUGUCGUUGCCAAGCUAUUCCCUGGCCGGCCACCAGUCAAGAAGCUGUUGGAGACCCUGCAGGAGUGGUUGGCCAACCUGCCCCUGGACAAGAUUCCAUAUAAUGCCAUCCUCGACCUAGUCAACAACAAAAUGCAGAUUUCUGGAAUCUUUCUUACCAGCCACAUAAAUUGGGUAGGAUGUCAAGGAAGCCGAUUGGAGCUGAGGGGCUACCCAUGCUCCCUCUGGAAGCUGUUUCACACUCUGACGGUUCAGGCCUCCAUCCACCCAGAAGCGCUAGUUGGUACAGGCUUUGAAGGUGACCCCCAGGCUGUGUUGCAGACCAUGAGGAGAUACAUUCGAACAUUCUUUGGGUGCAAAGAAUGUGGUGAACAUUUUGAGGAAAUGGCUAAGGAGUCCAUGGAUUCUGUGAAAACUCCAGACCAAGCUGUUGUCUGGCUUUGGAGGAAGCACAACAUGGUAAACAGCCGCCUGGCAGGCCAUUUGAGUGAGGAUCCCAAGUUUCCAAAGGUUCCAUGGCCCACUCCAGACCUCUGCCCAGCCUGCCAUGAAGAAAUUAAAGGCCUGGACAGCUGGAAUGAAGGCCAGGUGCUUGUGUUCCUGAAGCAGCACUAUAGCCGGGACAACCUGGUGGACACGUACUCUGUGGACCAGGGCAGUCCUGGUGAGUGGGAAGCCCAGGGCAGAGAGCAAGAAGGCGAAGGCCUUAACCCCUCAGGGACGUCCUGGAGACGCAGCGACACUGAGAGUCUCCGUCUACCCCAGGUUCCGGGCCCCAGAACUGACCUGUCCAAGAGCCCGCACCACAGGCUGGACCUAAGACUCCAGAGCCCUGAGGGCCCCCAGGCACGUAAGGAGGCCAAGGCAGUCGUGCCCUUCCUUGGGGUUGGCUUUUCCAGUCUGGACAUGAGCCUCUGUGUGCUGCUCUACGUGGCCUCCUCCCUGUUCCUGAUGAUCAUGUACUUCUUCUUCAGAGUAAGGUCCAAGCGAUGGAAAGUUCGGCUCUACCACCCAGCUGUGUAGAGCACCAGGGGCAGCAGUACUGGCGACACAGAGGAAGCCUUUGAAACCACCCACACACCUGCAGCUGUAAUGUUGGGAUCAGGGAUUCUGCAAAUGUGCCCAGCAUGGUGUCUGGAGGA